CCUGGGUCCCCAUCCUCGACGCGGCCCCUGAAUGUGACGGACGCGCUGGGCUACCUCGACUCGGUCAAAGCCCAGUUUCAGGACAAGCCGGAUGUGUACAAUCACUUUCUGGACAUUAUGAAGGAUUUCAAAAGCCAAGUGAUUGAUACACCGGGCGUUAUUGCCCGCGUAUCCAUGUUGUUCCACAGCAAUCCCUACCUUAUACAAGGGUUCAAUACUUUCCUACCACCCGGUUACCGCAUCGACGUGUCAACUGAUCCUCAGAACCCGGGCAUGAUCACUGUUACGACGCCUACUAGCGUUGACGUACAGCACAUAUCCGCGUUUGGUGGACCUAUGCGCAUUCCUCAUGACCAUGUCCCGCCUAGAUCUAUCAACCUGGCACCAUUCCCUCAGCCGCCGCCCUUUUCUCUGGCACCACCUCCAGUACUGCCUGUCGGUAUCGGCAACGGGUCGCGGCCAGCGACCCCAUCUCGCACACAUCCUCCUCCUGACUAUACAUUCUCGCCCUCUAUAAUGUUCGCGCUUCCGGCAGCAGGCCCCCAGGCAGUCUCCGCCGCUUCAUUUUUAGGCAAUCUAGGCAACAGGACGAAUGAGGGAAUAGCAACAACUGGCGAGUUCAACCACGCUAUCCAGUUCCUGAAUAAAAUUAAAAUGCGAUUUGAAGAAGACCCUGAAACCUACAAACAGUUCCUUGAGAUUCUGCAUGCUUACCAGAAGCAGCCGCAGGACUCGCAAGUGUACGCCCAGGUGCAGACGCUGUUCAAGGACGCUCCAGACCUCGUGAACGAGUUCCGAGACUUCUUGCCGGAAGCCAUUGGCCCUUCUUCACAACAUCUUGGACUGGUCGGUAUCCUGCCUCAUCCUGCUGGUGGCGCAGGCGCGUGGGCACAAGCUGAGCCACCCGCACCGAGCGCGGAGAAGGUGACGAAAGCUCCUACCCGGCGAAGAAAGCGGCCUGCAGAGAAGGAAGCGGCUGGCGCACCGAAGGCAGCCGGAGGACGAGCUGCGAAACGGACAAAGCCCAACCAGAAGUCGGAGCCGCAAUCGCCGAAGUUCUCAUCCUAUCCCGUCCCUGCGUCCCCGCCACCACAACAUCCCCACCCAGCUAUGGGUGUUCCACCGCAUCCCCAGCUCAAUCACCCGCAUAUGUUCCCGCCGCCUCCUACACCGAACGGGCAGGCACACUCUCUAGCCACUCCCGACGAACUUCUCUUGUUUGAUCGGAUCAAGAAGGCAUUGGAGAGUGGGGGAACGUACGAAGAGUUUCUCAAGCUCCUUACCUUAUACGCGAAGGAUGUGAUCGACACGAAGACGCUCAUUGACCGAGCAGAGAUAUUCCUCGGGGACGGCGAGCUGAUGGCCCAGUUCAAAGAUCUUACAGGCUGGGAUGACAACCACGGAAACGUGGAGUAUGGCCCGCCGGGCAGCAUCAGAACAGGGCCUCCGGACCCGUAUGGAGCGAAGUUCGUCGAGGACGGACAUGGGCCGAGCUACCGGUGGCAAGUCGCAAGCGAAAAGUAUCUUGCAUGCUCUGGCCGGGGUCGACUGGAAUGGUCCGUGCUGAAUGACGAAUGGGUUUCGCAUCCGACGUGGGCGUCUGAGGAUUCGGGGUUCGCCGCGCACAAGAAGAAUCAGUACGAGGAUAUACUGAACAAGAUCGAAGAGGAUCGGCACGAGUACCAAACGUACCUAGAUGCCCUCGGCUGUUUCAUAGUAGUCCUCAAGUCCAUCGAGGCCCGCCUCGACGAGAUGACCGCCGAGGAGCGUGCUAAUUUUAGAUUGGGGCCUAACCUUGGUGGGCGGUCUCCUGGACUCUACAGGCGCAUGUUGAAGAAAAUCUACGGGCUUGAUGGCACCAAGGAGAUCCUGAAGGCGCUCCAAGAGUCCCCCGCUGCCGCUGUGCCGGUGGUAUUAAAGCGGCUCAAGCUGAAGGACGAUGAUUGGCGGCACUCGCUGCGGGACUGGAACAGCACAGAGUGGAGACCUGGAGAGACGAAGAAUUUCUACAAGGCUCUUGACCACCAGGGCAUCGUCUUCAAGGCGAACGACAAGAAGUGUAUCACGGCGAAACAUUUCGUGCAGGACAUUGAGGGGGCGAAAGCCUCCCUAGUGAAGGAGCGCGAGGCCAAAGGCGAGCAGCCCUGGUAUCAUGGCUCCGUUGGACCUGCGCUCGAAUUCGAGCUCCAGGACACAGGCGUUAUCCAGGAUGCCCUCAAACUGAUAUUCUCAUUUCUCGACCAUUCUCCAUCGACGUACAGCACGGCCGAACGGCGGAGCAUGGAGCGCUUCCUGAGACAGUUCAUCCCCGCGCUACUCAUGUUCUCAUCCCACGAAUUCAACGCAGCAUGUGGGCCGCUAGAACCCGGGCACGAAGACGACCUCGCGGACGACUCAUCGGCGGCUGUCGACGGAACGGAGGACCAGAGGAGCGGACGGGACCGCUGCGGGAGACGCCAGGCGAGUGGCGGACAUUCAACUGGCGUGUCGCCUGGCGAUCUCAGGAAGCGGCUGCUGAAAACGGCCCAGGAAAGCAAAUCAGCUGGUAUGACCCGCUCGAAUUCCCCAGCCCCCAGCGAUAGCGCGUCGACGUCGGCUAAGCACCGGGGCUCGAAGCUCAACCAGGAGCUAGACGUCGAAGACGAGGGCGCCGUGCGUGCGCACGACAUCUGGAUCCAGGACGCUGUGGACGAGCAGGGUAACGCCGCAGGGGACACUCCGACCACCCGUCGGCCUUUCUUCGCGAAUACAACGUUCUACACAUUGUUGCGCCUGCUGCAGCUACUCUAUUCGCGGCUAUUUAUGUGCAAGGAGAUAGGCGCACAGCUGGCCGCACAAAAACACGCCUCGUUGCUUGCGAAUCCCGUUGCCGUAGAUGUCGGAUUGGACGAGCCGAAUGGUCCUCCGACCGUGCUCGCACAAAUUAUCGAAGCGUUUGGCGAGAGCAGGUCGGGAGAAGAGCCCAACGUGCUGUAUCUGUAUCUGCUGGACGCCUGUGAGAAGUUGUUCGACAGCGAGAUGGAUCAGGCGACGUUUGAGGAACAUAUGCGCUGGUUCUUCAGCACGAAGGCAUAUCAUCUUUUUACGUUGGACAGGGUGAUCAUUGCUAUUGUUAAGCAGGUACAAACCAUUAUGUCCGAUAACAAAUGCCAGGAACUCUGGGAUUUGCUGCAGCAAGCUCGCGGAGCUGAGACCAUUACAAUACACGAUACCGUCCGAUAUAGAAGGGAAGCCGAACGGCAUGUGGGCUACGAUGAUAAUCUGUACCGAUUCGAUUGGGACGGGGAAGCGAAGAGGCUGACAGUGCAGCUCGUUGGUUCUUCGGAUCCCAGCGUGGAGGAGGACGUGAAUGGUGGCGGACGAUUGAAGGAAUACGUUGCGACAUAUGUAAUGGAGCGCCCUACGGAGUGGCAACCUGCAGGACGACGCAAGAGCGGCUCUCUAUUUUUGAAGAGGUGCGUAGCAGCUAUUUCGGGCUAUGCGGGUGAGAAGGGCGAGGUGGUCGAGAGGAGCGCGGGGAUGCGGGUUGCGGUGCAGGGGUCGUACAAGCUGCUGUACGAGUCGGGGCGGGAGGACGGGUUGUGGCGGCGACGCGGGGUUGCGGAGACGGCGUCGCUUGCUCGGCGGGCGGGGCAGCGACAAGAAGAA